GAAAAGCCGAAGAAAGAAGAGGAAAAAGGGAAGAAAAAAGAGAAAGGGAAGAACAAAGGAAAGAAGGAGGCGAAGGGACCAAGUGAGGAGCAGGUGAAAGCACCAAUUGCUGCUCCAGAACCAGAGCUUAAAACUGAGCCAGAGGCUGAACAAGCUCCUGAUCAGCACUCGCUAAGCAGCGCAGAGACGCAGCCAGCUCAGGAGGAACACAAGGAAGAAGCUGCGAUAAAGAAGGAGCCUGAGUUAGUUGAGGUGAAGAAGGAGGAGACGGAGAAAAAAGAGGAAGAACCAGCACAACAGGAGAAGGAGGGAAAAGGAGAGGAGGAGAAGGUUGCAAAGGAGCAGACAAAGAAGGAGAAACCUGCAAAAGAAAAGAAGACUGAGAAGAAGGCAGAAGAGGCGAAAAGCUCCAAAAAGCAGAAAAUCAUGCAAUGCAAAAUCACCUUACUGGACGACACUCUGUUUGAGUGUGAGCUUGAUAAACAUGCUACAGCGCAGGAACUUUUAACGAAAGUGUGCGACCACCUCAACCUGCUGGAGAAAGAUUACUUUGGCCUCGCUUACUGGGACACGCCAACAACCAAGAUAUGGUUGGAACCCACCAAAGAGAUCCGGAAACAGGUUUCAGGUGCUGUCUAUGAGUUUACAUUCAACAUAAAGUUCUACCCUCCUGAUCCAGCACAGCUUACUGAAGACCUCACCAGGUACUUUCUGUGUCUCCAGCUGAGGCAGGACAUUAUGCGUGGUGUUCUUCCCUGUUCCUUUGUCACACUGUCCCUGCUGGGCUCCUACACAGCCCAGUCAGAGCUUGGAGAAUAUGACCCAGAACUCCAUGGAACAGACUAUGUUAAAGAUCUGAGUCUGGCCCCCGGACAGAGCAAAGAGCUGGAGGAAAAGGUCAUGGAGCUGCAUCGCACAUACAGGUCAAUGAGUCCAGCCCAAGCAGACAUGCUGUUUCUGGAAAACGCCAAGAAACUCGCCAUGUAUGGAGUGGACCUGCACCAAGCCAAAGAUCUUGAUGGUGUCGACAUUACACUGGGGGUUUGCUCUAGUGGUUUGAUGGUUUACAAGGACAAGCUGAGAAUCAACCGUUUCCCUUGGCCCAAAGUCCUCAAGAUCUCUUACAAACGCAGCAGCUUCUUUAUUAAGAUCCGGCCAUCGGAGCAAGAGCAGUAUGAAAGCACAAUUGGCUUCAAACUGCCAAACUACAAAGCCUCAAAGAAGCUGUGGAAAGUUUGCGUUGAACACCAUACCUUCUUCAGGGUUCCAACAGUUGAGCCCCCCUCGUCACGCCGCUUCCUCGUUUUGGGCUCUAAGUUCAGGUACAGCGGACGCACUCAGGCCCAGACCCGCCAGGCCAGCUCCAUGAUUGACCGCCCAGCCCCUCGCUUCACACGCUCAGCAAGCAAGCGUCUGUCCCGUAACCUAGAUGGAGCUGGAGAGGAGACUCUCCAGUUCCUGCAACAACUCUCAGCAUCAACCGGGUCUCAGGUUGAUGAUUCGUCACUUACACUGGAUUCUGACAAAUCCCAGCCAUCCUCUGAAUUCACAGCCAGAGGAGAGUCUGAGCAGACAUUCGUUCAGUCCUGGGAGGAGGGGCAGUCUGUUCGAACAGUCACAAUAAUGGUGGAGGAAACUGGGCAGGCUGGCUCUCAAACUGUCACCCAGACAGUCAGUCAGCCAUGGCUGGAGCUUGCAUCUGAUGAGCAGCAGCAGUGGAGAAAGGAAGAUGAGUGGUCUAACCAGUUCCAUCGACACCCUCCUUUUCCCUUUGUCCCACCUUUUGAUUUUGUGAAGCAGCCAGCUAAGCUCAGCUUGACAAAAAUGAGCUCUGUGGAUAGGCUAUGGCAACCAUCACUGAAACAGCAAGACGAUUGGUUCCUGUACUUUGACCGAUUCCUCGAUCUAUCUUUGCUUGAGCGUGUUGAUAAACGCCCAUUCUCUCCUCCAGCCCAGUUCCAGCUCCAGGAGGAGAAUAAGCAGAUGAUGCAUGUAGUAGAGCAGGAAGUGACUAAUCAUGAGAUCAUUGAGAGGCUGCGGGAAAAAGUGAUCUUGGUAGACAAGCUGAAAGAUGCGCAUGUUUUGGAAAAGAGGCUGAGGGAAGUGAGGGAUUUAGAGGAAAGGCUCCAAGAAGUGGAUGAGAUGGCAGAGAGACUCCAGGAAGUAAUAGAAGAGGAACUGGGGAAGGAAGAGGUAGCUAAGUUAAUAGAGGAAGAGGUCAAACAAGUUGACGAUGUAACAGAAACAGUGGUGAAAAUAUCUGUGACAAAAAAGGCGGAUGAAGUGGAUGAACUGGAAGAGCAAAGAAAGCGGGUGAGUUUGUUAGAUGAUAGUUUGAGAGACAAGCUACAUCUGAUAGAAAAAGAAUGGAAAGAUGAAGUGAAGCAGAAGUUUGGCUCUACAGAUGUCAUCAGCACCACAAAAACUGUGAGGAGGAUUGAGACAAAAAAGGAGGAUGAAGUGGAUGAAUUGGAAGACCAAAUAAAGGAGGUGUUUUUAAAAGGCUUGUUGCCUGAGGCGGAGGAGGAGGAGACCAAGGUGAAGCAGGAGAGUGAAAAAGAGGUGAUAGGUGUGAGUUUGUUAGAUGAUAGUUUGAGAGGCAAGCUACAUCAGAUAGAAAAGGAAUGGCCAGACGAGAUAGAGCAGAAGUUUGGCUCUACAGAUGUCAUCAGCACCACAAAAAUUGUGAGGAGGAUUGAGACAAAAAAGGAGGAUGAAGUGGAUGAAUUGGAAGACCAAAUAAAGGAGGUGUUUUUAAAAGGCUUGUUGCCUGAGGCGGAGGAGGAGGAGACCAAGGUGAAGCAGGAGAGUGAAAAAGAGGUGACAGAUGAGACUUUGUUAGAUGAUAGUUUGAAAGACAAGCUACGUCAAAUAGAAAAGGAAUGGCAAGUAGACGUGGAGCAGAAGUUUGGCUCUCCAGCUGUCAUCAGUACCUCAAAGUUUGUGAGCAGGAUUGAGACAAUAAAGGAGGAUGGAGUGGAUGAAUUGGAAGAGCAAAUAAAGCAGGAGUAUUUGAAAGACGUGUUGCCUGAGGAGGAGGAGGAGACUAAGGUGAUGCAGUGGAGCAAAAAAGAGGUGACAGAUGAGAGCAUGUUAGAUGAUAGUAUGAGAGACAAGCUACAUCAGAUAGAAAAGGAAUGGCAAGAUGAAGUGGAGCAGAAGUUUGGCUCUCCAGAUGUCAUCAGUACCACUUCUGUAGUUUCAUACCAGAAAGUGGAGCGAAGGACUAAGAAGAGAGUGACAAUUGUAGAAGAUAGAUGGCAGCAGCAGGAAGAUAUGGAAAAUAUGCAGAUACAGUCUGGAGUAAUAUCUGAGGAGAGGCUAGAGAAAGAGAAGAAAUGGCAUAAGACAGCAAUACUGGAGGAGAGAACUGAGGGAGAAGUUACAGAGAGGCUUCAGGCUGAGGAUCAAUCUCAGGUGGAAGAUAGGGAUAUCUGGUUCAUACUUUUUGACCACCCUCCAUACAAGGCUGUUGUCAAACCACCAGUUACCUUAGUCGAGCGUGUUGAGGUGGAUGAAGGAAGGUAUUUCAUCUCAAAGACUGAGGUUACAACAGUUGAGGAUGUAGGGGGCGUAAUGGUAGAAGAGAGAACAAUAAGAGAAGAGGAAAUAAGACAUAUACCAGAGAUCCAACCGCCACACACCAUCACAGAAAGAGAGGAUGACUGGUUUGUGUUGCUGGAUGUUGUUCCAAGAGAAACGUCUUAUGUUCCACCAGUUACCUUGAAGGAACAAGACCAGAUGCAUGCAGAAAGUUUUAUCUCUGUGGUUCGAACCGCAGCGGAGGAAGAGAUAAAGGAAGUAGUAGUUGAAGAGAGAAAGAUAAUAGAAGAGGCACCAAGACAUCUGCAAGAAAUCCCACAACAGCCAGUGAAAGAGAGAGAUGAUGAUUGGUUUGUGUUGGUGGAUGUUGUUCCCAGAGAAACAUCUUAUGUACCACCAGUUACCUUGAAAGAACAAUACCAGAUGCACGCAGAAAGUUUUAUCUCUGUGGUUCGAACCGCAGCGGAGGAAGAGAUUAAGGAAGUAGUAAUUGAAGAGAGAAAGAUAAUAGAAGAGGCACCAAGACAUCUGCAAGAAAUCCCACAACAGCCAGUGAAAGAGAGAGAUGAUGAUUGGUUUGUGUUUUUGGAUGUUGCUCCCAGAGAAACAUCAUAUGUACCACCAGUCGCUGUUGCAGAACAUGUUGAGGUGUCCCCCGAAGAACCAGUCUCUGUGGUUGCAAUCACAGCAGUUGAACAGAGAGAGAAAAUAGUGGAGGAUGUUGUAGAAGAAAGAGAAGUAAAACAAAAGCAAGAGCAAGUCAUAGCACUGCCAAAGGCUGUGAAAGAAAUAGAAGAUGACUGGUUUGUGCUGUUGGAUGCUCCCACUAGAGAACCAUCGUUUGUGCCACCAGUCACCAUGGCUGAGUAUGUCCAGGUUUAUUCUGAAGAGAGAAUUUCUACUGUGGUUGAAACAGUAGCAGUAGUAGAGUCCAGGAAGGAGGUUGUAAUUGAAGAGAUCAUGGUGCAGAAAGAGGAAAAGAAGGUUCCCAAGCAAAUAAUCCCUGAGCAGCAAAUAUCUCAGCCAGUCGCAGAAAGAGAUGAUGACUGGUUUCUGGUGCUGGAUGUUGUUCCCAAAGAGACAUCAUUUGUGCCUCCAGUUUCUGUGCCACAACCAGCUAAAAUCUAUCCAGAUAUUCAACCUGAAAUUGAAGUGAAAAGCAUAGAGCAGAAACUGCCGCAGGUUGAUCUUGAACAGAUUAGACAGCAGCCUUCCCAGCCACUGCCAGAGAGAGAUGAUGACUGGUUUGUGCUGUUAGAUGCUGUUCGUGAGGAGGCAGUCAUAAAACCAUCAGUUGCCACUGUUGAAAUUAUUCCGGAGAUGAGGGAGACAUUUGAGGUUGAGGUGACAACAACUGAGACUAGAACAUGGAAGAAGAUGAUAAUUGGUGCGGAGAGCAGGCAAGAAGAGGUACAUCUUUCUGAAAUGAGACCAAGCCCAAUCGCACCACCGCCAGAGAGAGAAGAUGAUUGGUUUGUCCUGUGUGACAUCAUUCGAGAAAAGCCUGUCUUCAUACCACCAGUUGCUGUGGUUGAGCGUAUUAUGGAUGUGGUGGCACCCAUUGAACCAAAACAAAAAAUCAUCAUGGAAGACGUGAGGCCACCUGUGCAGUUUGUGGAAAUUAAACCGCCACAACCAAGAAAGGUGGAUGAUGACUGGUUUGCGCUACUAGAUGUUGCAGCAAAAGUACCAGUGCCAGUGGCUGAACCUGUCCGUAUGUAUCCUGAAGUAAGACCAUCUAAAGAGUUUGCAGCCAUAGAGCAGAGAACACAGCAGAAAAUUACUAUAGUUGAGGAGAUGUGGCAGCAGGAGAAGAUGAUACAGCAGAAACCGCGUCCAACAGUAGCACAGAAAGCACAGCAGAGAAUUGUAGUGGAGGAGAUGUGGCAGCAGGAGAAGAUGCCACAGCAGAAACCCAGUGCAACAGUGAGAAAGGUGGAGGACGAUUGGUAUAUUCUUCUGGAUGUGGCUCCUAAGAAAUCAGUUGCUGUCCCUGAGGGCAUCCGAUUCCUGGCGGAAGUCAGACCUCCAACUGCUGAGGCCAGAAAGAGGAUUGCUGUCUCUGAGACAAGACCUCAGUUUGAGAGACGAAUCCUGGAAGAAAGACGUCCACUCACACACACACAUAUCAAUGAUGAUUGGUUUGUUCUACUAGAUGUUGGCCUCAAGGAGACAGUGGUGAGCACACAGAGGGGCACCCGUCCCGUCAGUGCUCCAGUCUUCUCCCAGGCUGCUCUGGCAGAGGCAGGGAUCCCCAUGGCCCCUCUUGACCAGCCCCAGACCUCCACUCCAAUGAAGACCAGCCGCAAGGAGGAAAGGAAGCUGGAGGUCACUGUAGAAGCUGUGGAGCCCUCAAAAACUGACAUCAAGUCAGCAGUGUGGAGGGACCAGAGGGAAGAAGAGAUUUCACUGAUAACCAGCAUCAAUGGGGAAAUUCAGUCUGAGGUGAUGAGCACAGAAGUGGUGCGAAUGCGAAAGAAAAGAGCUAAGAAAAUUGAGGGUGACUCAAUUUAUAUCAGGCAUAGCCUUUUAAUGUUGGAGGACUUCGAUAAACCUAAUGAGGACCUGCUCAAGCAUCAUGCCAGUAUCAGUGAGCUGAAGAGGAACUUCAUGGAAUCUGUCCCAGAGUCCAGACCCAGUGAAUGGGACAAGCGUUUGUCCACGCACUCUCCAUUCCGCACACUGGGUAUCAAUGGUCAGCCUCUGCCCAGUGCAGAUGGGAGUGUGUGCAUUAGUCCGCAGUGUGAUGGUUCAGAGGCAAAGGCUGCACAUGUGGAAACCAGCAGCAAUUUGGACUUUUCAGGCAUACCCAGUCCCACUGUGAGCCACAAGAGUGAGCCUGAUAGUGUUGAAGCCCACGAUGUUCCUGUUGAGGAGGAUUCAUGUGAUCAGGAAGAGGUUGUAGUUUUUGAGACCUCCUUGGUGCCCAUCGUGGAGGUGGAGAUGGCGCAGCUGCCUCCCUCCCUCGACCUCUCCGGUAAAGAUUUAGAUGAGAUCCAGGAAGAAGAAGCAUCAUAUCCUGGAGUGUUGGAGUGCUCUGGGAGGAUAGUUGGAUGUUCCCCAGCCUCCUAUUUCAUGAGUGAUGGUCCGCAGGUCAUACGCUGCUUCCAGCCCCCUCUGGUGCAGACCCAGACAGUCACCAUCUCAGCUGUCUCCAACUCCUUAUCCAGUGGCAUCUCCACCACAGAGGUCCCUAUCGUCCCGACCAAGACCUUCACCUAUGAGUCUUCAAAGGUGACUGUUGAUGGAACAGUCGAGGAGAAAGAUGGCACAACUAUGUCCAGCUCCAAGACCGUUACCUCAGAAACCUCUUGUGGCACCACAGUGACCACCACUACCACUCACAUCUCAAAGGUAGUGAAAAGUGGUUCUUCAGAGACUCGUGUGGAGAAGAGAAUCGUCAUAAAUGCAGACUCUGAUAUCGACCAAGAUAAGGGGAAAGAUGGCGGAGCAUCAUCAUUGUAACUGAUUCACCACCCUCAUUUAUUCCUUUGACUCUCCACCUUCCCGUAUUCCUUUGUCAGAGUGCAGCACUCAACACACACUGGCCAGCUCUAUCAGCACACACACAUAUCCAAAAAAGAAAUAUCUCAUAAAUCUGCCCCCUAAAGUUAUGAAUAACUUGGUAGAUAAACUUAGUAGAUCCUCUUUGUUUUCUUCCUUUUUUUCAGUUGAGCUGUUUCAUUGUAGGUAGAGGAGGGCUGCACAGUGCUCAAGUUUGAUCAAGUGAUAAUCUCAUCCUGGUGUUUGAAAAGCUUAGUGAAUACACGUUUAUUGGUUAAAAAAAACAGCAUUUUCAGUUGAGUGAUCUCAGUUAUGUUUGCUUUUAAAUGCUUUUUAAUUUCCUAGUGGUUUUUACAUUGUUCAUUUUAUACAAAUGCACUGUUUCCGUUUUAGUUUAGACACCAUUAUCAGCAUUUAUUCCCUUGGUGCUGCUAGGGAAACGUUAAGACUACAUUCAAGGGAACUCUUUUUUUUGUUUUGUUUUGUUUACUUGUGUAUUUAAUUCAGGAGAGACAUUUUUUUUAAUUAAAUGACAUACCUCACAUCAAUAUGUGAACAGAGAUGUUCUGUGCUUAAAUUUGGACAGCUUGUUCGACUUUGUUCACUGCUCAGGUACAAAAACCUAAAUCUUUUUCUUCCCCAACCAGCCAAGAACCAGUAGCCUACACAUUAUUGUAAAGUUUGAAUUAAAAAUUGAUCUAUUUUGAAAUAUUUCUCUAUUUUAUAGAAUUAAUGCUUUUAUAGUAUUUGUACAAAUUGAGGUUUUUAAGUUAUUCAUAUCCAUCUGCUCAUUAAAUUGUACGUUACUAUUGUGCUGUUUACUUAAUUUUUAGGUCUCUAUUUAAGACCUCCUUAACUGUCUUGCCUGAUACCCUGAAUCAUUCUUAUUCGUUUCCUCUUGUAGUCCACCAAGUCUAUCAAACCUUUAACAAUUUACAUAUCACCCUAGAGUGCUUCCCUCAGCCCUAUGUUUUGUUCAAUAGCGUAAUAGUCAUAAUUGCUUUGAAUAUAUUUGGUUGAUAAAAGUUUUACAAGCUUUGGUCUGUUUAUCUCAGGUUUUGAUAUUCUUUUUAAGACUACAGACCUCCAUAUGAUUGUAUGAGGAAUGUUCAUAUAUGUAUAUCCAUCCUUACUUUAAAUGUACAUUUAUGUUCAGCCAAGUGAGGUCAAAUAUAAAAGCUUGUCUGUGACAGUAAUAAUGAGUGUAAGAGGUGAAGGCAGCUGUCCCAGUAUAUGUGGCUUUUCUCUCAUAGGAGCACAAUGUCUUUUUUACAUGUUCUACUAUACAGUAAUUUAUUUGUAAAGUAGGAACUGUUUAAUGUGAUUUGAUGUACUGUGAUGUUUCAACACAAGCUGGUUUCCAGGCUUCCACUAGAGAUGUCACUAUGUUAAAUAUUGCAUUCAUCAUCAACAAAGUUUGUAAAGCCUUUUUACCACCUAGACGAAGUAGAUUGCUCUCUCACUUGCUGUCUUGUGUACUUUUCCAUAGAAGAGAGAAUGCUUAAAAAUAUAUGAAUUCCUAUUAGAUAGCAUGUUUGUUAGCAAACUUUUUUUUUUUUUUUAUCUCAAACAGAAGCCAUUGGUAUUGUAGCUACAUGGACAUCAAACAGCAACCUCUCCUGGAAGAAAAUGUAGAAUUUCACAUGAAGAAAAAUAGUUUUUAGAAAAUGGAAAAUAUUGUUGCUUUGUGACUUUUCCCUGUCUUUUUAUGGAAAAAAUAAAAUAUGCAUUAUUUUGCA